CUAAAGCUUGAAGCCGCGCAAUUCACAACUUCGAGAAAAAGAAUAUUGAAGUAAACCACAACGAAAUAAUGAGGUGGAUUCUUUCUUUUCUACUACUGGGACUGCUCAGUGCUGUCUCAGCUUUGAGUUCUGCCGGAGACAAAUUGCUAGUUGUAUUGGAAGAAUUGUCAGAGAAAUCAAAAUACUCGAAGUACUUUGGGGAUCUUGAAGGUAUGUAGCUGUUUUUGACAUUGAUUUACAAUUGCAAGGUCUGCUAUACUAAUAUAUAUGCACACACAGCACGAGGAUAUAAGUUAACUUUUGAGUCACCGAAAAAUGAGAAAUUGGGACUUUUCGAAUUGGGGGAACGAUCCUUCGACCAUUUACUCGUCUUGCCAUCCAAGUCAAAAGGUACAAAUCCUGGCAUCAGUGGAAUGAAUUCGGUUAACACAUAGCAGGUCUCGGACCAGCAUUGACACCUAAACUUCUCCUCGAUUUCAUCAACAAGGGCGGAAAUAUCCUGUUAACUCUUUCAUCAUCCCACCCUACCCCUACUGCCCUUGUAUCCUUACUCUUGGAGCUCGACAUCCACCUUCCAACAGACCGCACUUCUCUGGUUGUUGACCACUUCAACUAUGAUACUUUGAGUGCCGCAGAGAAGCACGAUGUUGUUCUUAUGCCACGACCAGACGCUGUCAGACCAGAUGUUAAAAACUACUUCCGUGGAGAUGGCAAAGGCGGGGAAGUCAUUGCUUUUCCAAGAGGUGUUGGACAAACUUUGGGAAACACCAGUCCAUUAUUGACACCUCUUCUCAGAGCUUCUAGGACCGCAUACUCGUAUAACACGAAGGAGGAUAUCGAGGGUGUGGAAGACCCAUUUGCGGUUGGACAGCAAUUAUCACUCAUUACCACUAUGCAGGCUAGAAACAAUGCGAGAUUUACAGUGAUUGGGUCAUCGGAGCUCCUCGAGGACACAUGGUUUGAUGCUAAGGUCAAGCGCAGCAUUGGGAUGGGUGGUGUUGGAUCUGAUGCCGAGGAGAUUAAGACUUCCAAUCAAGAAUUCUCGAAAGAGGUCACCGGCUGGACUUUCAAGGAAAUUGGGGUUCUCAAGGUUGGGAGCAUCAAGCACUAUCUUCAUGAGAAUGGGGUGAAGAGCAGUGACACCAACCCAAAGAUCUACAGAAUUAAAAAUGACGUGGUAAGUCAAGCGGUUCCACUAUUGAAACAUCGCUUACAAUUUAACAGACAUAUGAAAUCGAGCUUUCCGAGUACUCAUGGGACAAGUGGGUUCCAUUUACCCCGCCAUCCGGAGACUCCUUGCAACUCGAAUUCUCUAUGCUUUCUCCUUUCCAUCGUCUUACACUUGAACCAUCCACUACCACUUCUGAUUCACAAAUCUACACGGCGAGCUUCAAGCUCCCAGAUCAACAUGGUAUCUUUAACUUUAUGGUCAACUACAAGCGACCAUUCCUCACCAGCAUCGAACAAAAGAACACCGUCACGGUCAGACAUUUCGCCCACGACGAAUAUACUAGAAGUUGGGCUAUUAGCAAUGCCUGGCCAUGGAUUGCCGGAAUCGGCGCCACAGUUACAGGAUGGGUUGCCUUCGUUGCUCUUUGGUUAUGGAGCAAGCCUGUACCAUUGAAGUUAACGAAGAGUGGAAAGAAAGUUCAAUGAGGGAGUCAAUUAGGAUCCGGCGAUCAUUUGUAUGAUAAAAUUAAAAGUGUAUAGGCAUGCAUAAAUGAAAAUUCUUCGCAAACUGUUAUGUAUAUGUCUUGGCAGGGUUUGAGCUAGAUACAAACAUGUAUCAAUGUUCGACCACAAGUCAGUGUUCAGGAUAAGAAUUCAAGAAGAUGAAAAGGUGUAUUUCUCAAGGGGAAUCAGGAAAAAUUGAAGUUAGGUAGGCU